AUGGGAAACUUGCCACCUGCUCGCGUAAAUGCGGCAAUUCCGUUCACUCACACUGGCAUCGAUUUUUGCGGACCAUUCUUCAUCAAGGAAAAGAAACAUCGCAAUCGCAAUCGAGUGAAGGUGUAUAUUUGCGUUUUCGUAUGCCUGUCUGUUAAGGCCGUACAUCUCGAGGUCGUAAGCGAUUUAUCGUCUGAUGGAUUUCUUGCGGCACUGCGACGACUUGUGGCCAGGCGAGGAAUACCAGCUCAUAUUUAUUCCGACAACGGAACCAAUUUCGUGGGUGCGAAUUCUCAAUUAAAGGAAGUUUACGCAUUAUUGAAUUCCGAGAAUCACAGGCGCCUUACAGAUAAGUUUGCGAGCGAUCAUAGAAUUACGUGGCAUUUCAUCCCACCAGGAGCUCCGCAUUUCGGUGGAAUGUGGGAGUCGAUGGUCAAGCUCUUCAAACACCAUCUAAAACGAGUCGUUGGCGACACUUUGUUCACAUUCGAGGAGUUUAACACCUUCGCGAUCGAAGUCGAAGGCAUCCUCAACUCGAGACCAAUUACUUCAUUGUCCUCAGAUCCAAACGAUACGAUUGCUUUAACCCCUGCUCAUUUUUUAAUUGAUAAACCAUUAACAAUCCUUUAA